AUGGAGAUGUAUUCGUCUCUUUCCAGCAACUUCAUUUCAUUGUUUCUGUUCUUCUCCUCCCUCUUUAUUCUAGUCAUCCAAUGGAGAAAAUCAAAAAAGAGAAACCAAAACAAAAAGUUGCCUCCAGGUCCAUGGAGACUUCCCUUUAUUGGAAGUCUUCAUCACUUGAUCAUCGGAGGAGGACUUCCACAUCGCAUUCUUAGAAACUUAUCCCAAAAGUAUGGGCCUCUUAUGUACUUGCAACUUGGGGAAGUUCCUGUAGUGGUCAUAUCAUCACCUAGAAUUGCAAAAGAAGUUCUAAGAACUCAUGAUCUCGCCUUUGCUAAUAGGCCUCAUAGCACAUCCAUAGACAUCAUAUUUUACAAUUAUAAAGACAUUGCGUUUUGCCAAUAUGGUGACUACUGGAGACAAAUGCGUAAAAUUUGUACUCUAGAGCUUCUUAGUGGGAAGAUGGUCAAGUCCUUUAGCGCAAUUCGAGAAGAUGAGCUUUCAAGUCUCAUCUCAUCCAUUCGUUCCGUGAGCGGGUCUGCACUCAACUUAACCGAAAAGAUUUUCUGGUUUACCAACUCUAUCACAUGUAGAUCAGCCUUCGGAGAAAUUUGCAAAGAUAAAGAUGAGUUUAUAACAAUAUUGAAGGAAGUAAUCUUAUUAAUUGGAGGAUUUUAUGUGACUGAUUUGUUCCCUUCUUGGAAGUUACUUCAUAAAAUGAGUGGUGCGAAAUCUAGAUUGGUGACUGCGCAUCAGAAGGUUGAUGCAUUAAUGGAGAACAUCUGCAACGAGCAUAUUAAGAAAAGAGAAGCUGGGUGCAAUGGAAAUAGUGAGUUUGGAAGUGAAGAUUUGGUUGAUGUUUUCCUAAGAAUUAAGGAGAACGGCCAACUUCAAUUUCCAAUCACAAAUGACAACAUAAAAGCAGUCAUUUUUGACAUCUUUCUUGCCGGAACUGAAACUUCAGCUACAACUAUUAUUUGGGCAUUGUCCGAAAUGAUGAAGAAUCCAAAUAUUAUGACUAAGGCCCAAAGUGAAGUGAGACGAGUCUUUAAGGGAAAGAAGGAUUAUGAUGAAGAAGAUCUUGAAAAGUUGACUUAUCUAAAGUUAGUAAUUAAGGAAGCAUUAAGGUUACAUCUUCCCGUUCCUCUUAUAGGGCCUAGGGAAUGUAGGGAGCAAACUGAUAUUGAUGGAUUCACCAUACCUCAUAAGACUAAGUUACUGGUCAAUGCAUGGGCACUUGCAAGAGAUUUCGAAAGUUGGGAUGAUCCUGAAAGUUUUAUACCAGAGAGAUUUGAGAACUCUUCAAUUGACUAUAUUGGAAAUCACUAUGAAUUUAUUCCAUUUGGUGCAGGAAGAAGAAUUUGUCCAGGAAUUCAAUUUGGUUUAGCUAACGUUGGACUUCCUCUGGCUCAGUUACUCCACCACUUUGAUUGGGAACUCCCAUAUGGAACUAAUCCAGAAGAUUUGGAUAUGACUGAAACACAUGGAAUAACUGCAUCGAAAAAGAAAGAUCUAUAUCUAAUUGCCAUAAAUCAUAGAAAUGAUGAAGAACUUUGA